UUAAAAUGUCAUAACAAAUAUAAUUCUAAAUUUACUUAUAUUUUUGAAUGUCUAAUGUACAUUAGGGUAUUUUGAUAUCGCUUAUUGUUAAAUAUCGUUGUCAUUAUCAUAAUCUGCAUUAUUAAUGGUAUUGAUAUUAUGAUUAUAAUUAAUAUAAAAAUAAUUAGUAUUACAUUCAAUUAAGAUGCCCGUACUAAGCAGUAACUUGAAGCAUUCAAUAAAUUUAUCAUUAACCGACCUACCUAUAAAAUUGAGUAAUAAGCAAAACGAAUUCGAUCGUGCGCCUAUAGUGAGUGAAGAAAAGUAUGAUCCCAAAGUUUUAAUAGGAAAUUGGUUUAAUCGUCGCGCAUCUUACAUACCUUUCUUUAAUAAGUGGAUAACACACAUACAAACAAUAUAUAAGCAACAUUAUAAAUCUUAUGAUAUCAACAUAUACAAAAAAGAUAAUUCCUAUGCAGUUACAAAAAUCAAAUUUAAGAAUUUACAAUAUAAGGUAAUAUUAUGUGAAUAUCUGACGCAAAGCAUUAAUUAUCAAUUACCAGAACAAGAUUUAACAAAAGAUUUCGGAAAUUUAACAAAAAUUGGUAUAAAGGAUGCAUUAUGUUUGGUGGGACAGUACUUCAAAUGAAGCAAUACAAUUCUGCUGAUGGAGAAAUGAGUGCAAAACUUAUGAUGUUUCACUUAUAAAGA